GCCAUGAUAAGGUGGAUUUGGCUGUUGUCCCUUAUGUUGGUUAUUAGUAAGAACAAGGCUUCGAAUAAUUGGUGCACCGAUGACCUUUGCAAGGGACAACACGUCCUUUGCGGUUACAAUGGGAAAUUCCACUCACCUUGUCCAUACCAAGCCACUGCCAUGGUAAAAAUGAGCAAGGAUAUGAUUAACUUAAUCGUGGACAAACACAAUGAUUAUCGCAACAAGUUUGCCGGCGGAUUGGGUAAUCAUUCGAAGGCAGCCAGAAUGACAACGCUUCAAUGGGACUCGGAGUUGGCCAAAGUGGCCGAUGCUAUGGUUCGUCACUGUAAGCCAACACGCGAUCAGUGCGCCAGAACACGGAACUAUUAUUACGCCGAGGUCAGCUACUCCCUGGAAAAGUACUACUGCAUGACCACGAAAAAGGCAGCUCUGAAAAAGCAACUAGAUUACUGGUUUGAUCCUAGUAGAAAAGAAGAGUCGCAUAAACUAUUUUUCUCACUCAAAGAAGCUGAACAGGAGUUUUCGAAGAACUACUUUCAAGUACUAAGGGAUCGAGCGAAUCGUUUGGGCUGUGCCAUAGUGGAAUACAUUCGCCCAUCACUCGUCCAUCAACUGCUAAAGUGCGUCUACAAUUGCGGAGUGAGUCUCUGCGAGGACGAUCAUAAUCCUGUCUACGAGGAUACCGAACAUGAUGCGGCUGAAGAAUGUGAGAAGGGCACCAAUUCGAAAUAUAAAAAUCUUUGCCACAACGAUGAACGCGUUAAAAGCUGCGAUGGAGGACAACUCUUUGUGGAAACUGCAAGUUAUAAUGAAACUGACUCUGAAGAUGAAACUGAACCAAUGCCAACUACGAUUAAACUUCCUCCUUAUACGCCCGAUGAUAAGUUACCACCCAUACCGGAAAACCCCAGGACAUUUGAGUAUGUGGUUGCUUUUGAUGGAAUUGCAUCAUCAAGGACAAAGGGAAAUCAUUCACUCAGACUUGAUAGGAAUAAAAAGUACAAGUAUAGGUCACUUAAUCCAUAUAAAGUAACCAAAAGAAGCCAUAAAAAAUAGUUUAAUUAAUUUUAUAAUUAUUAAACACCUUGUAAAUCAUAUACUUAUUUAUAUAAUAACCAAAUACUUCCCUGGUAAUAUUGCAGUAAUUACCUUACAAAUGCUCAAGAACGUUACCAAAAACUGUGCAAGAUAUUCA